GCUGCACGAAUCUCAUCGUACGCCGCUUGAAGUCGCCUCCCAAGUACACAUUUCGCGGGUCGCCGGUUCGCCGCUGCGUCGAGCGCUUCCCCACCAGAUCUAGAGCCUUCUAGAAUCCUCCGUCCCGGCCCACCCGAGGCUCCGCCGGAUCCAGAACCUCCUAGAACCCCUGCACUGCGCGGUGCGCGCCCUCCUCGGCUUCUCCUCCUCACCUCCAUCCGGAUCUCGACACCCCUCCCUCGGCGGCGGCACCAGACCUCCGGUCCUGGGCGCGGCGCCGGGCGGCGAGAUGGCGGCCGCAAAAGGACCAGUGGCCGUCGGAUCCGCUAUCCCCAGCAGCAUUGCCCCCGAGGAGCCUAAAGUCGUCGCGCCGGAAGAGGAGAACGGGGAGAUGGCUGAUAUCCAGGACAAGGAAGUCAGCAUGGAAGGGCUAUGCUCCAUAGGCGCCUAUGAUCAGUGGACGCCGCUCUCUGUUUCUGGCCAGCUCCCGAAACCACGCUAUAAGCAUGGAGCUGCGGUGGUUCAGCAGAAGAUGUAUGUCUUUGGUGGAAAUCACAAUGGCCGUUACCUUGGCGACAUUCAGGUUCUGGACUUCAAAACGUUUUCAUGGUCAAAGCUGGAAGCUAAAUCACAAGCAGGACCAUCAGAAUCAGCCGGAGAAGUUCCAUUUUCUGCAUGUGCUGGUCAUUCAGUGAUUCAGUGGGGAAAUAAGAUCCUAUGUCUUGCAGGACAUACUAGAGAACCUGCAGAAAGUCUCAGUGUCAAGGAGUUUGAUCCACAAACCUGUACUUGGUCUACCUUGCGUACUUAUGGAAGGUCACCGAGCUCACGUGGUGGUCAGUCAGUGACUCUUGUUGGAGAAACUCUAGUUGUGUUUGGCGGUGAAGGUCAUGGGAGAUCUCUUCUGAAUGAUCUGCACAUUCUUGAUCUUGAGAGCAUGACUUGGGAUGAAUUUGAGACCACAGGCACUCCCCCUUCUCCGAGGUCAGAGCACGCUGCUGCUUGCUUUGCAGAAAGGUAUCUUCUGAUAUUUGGCGGGGGAUCUCAUUCUACAUGUUUCAGUGACCUACACCUCCUUGACACUCAGACAAUGGAAUGGUCAAGACCAAAGCAGCAAGGUGUUACUCCAGAACCAAGAGCAGGGCAUGCAGGUGUAACUAUUGGAGAAUAUUGGUUUAUUACUGGGGGUGGAAAUAGUAGGAAAGGUGUCUCGGUUACCCUUGUACUCAACAUGUCUACUUAUGAAUGGUCAGUUCUCACUGAUCUUGAGGCCCAUGCACCCCCUACAAGUGAGGGCUCAAGUUUAGUAAUGUACACAAUUAAUGGAGAGAAUUUUCUGGUGUCAUUUGGAGGAUAUAGUGGGCGUUAUAGUAAUCAGGCUUAUGCUCUCAAGGCAAGUCUCAAACCAAGUGUCCCGUCUCAACAAAUUGAUGAAGCAGAGUCAAAUGGUUUUGCCCCGUUAUCUGUAGCAGAAAAUUCUAGCAGGAAAGUCAUAUUUGAAAUUGAGGAACUUAAAGAUGUAAAGCCUGGCAAUAGGGCAGAUAACAGCAAAACCUUGGGACAAGUAGCUACGGAUGAACAAAACCAAAUAGAAGACAGACUUAAUCAUGAGCGCUUGCAGAGUCUCCGCCUGAAGCAGGAACUAGCUGAUGUGGAGAACAGAAAUGCAGAACUUACUGAGGAACUCCACUUAGUUCGAGAUAAACUUUCUAUCGAGCAAACUAGGGCUUCCCAACUCGAGAAUGAAGUUUCAGAGAUUCAACAACGACUACAGAAGAUGGAUAUCCUAGAAAAGGAGUUUGAAUCACUUCGCAGUGAACUGGACAGUACUGUAUCCGAAGAAGCAGCUUCAAGUGGCAACCAGCUGCACCGCAGUCGCAGUCGGGGCUUCUGGAGGUGGAAUGGGUGAAUGAACGCCUCAAGGCUCAAGUAGGAGUAUUGAAGAGAAUACACUUCCAAAGAGUUGCCAUUCUUUUAAAUUGUCUUUCACAAAAUUUUGAAGGAACAUGAUAUAUGAAUUCAGGAUGAUACUAGUUCGGAAGCAUAUACAGGAUCUAAACAAACUGCACCUCCAUCAACUGUGAAAAGCAUCUUAUAUAAAGUAAAAUGAAUGUCACGAGUUCCCGCA